ACGCUCUAAACUGCGUGAAGUACUGAACCGCAUUGGAGGUAUGUUUGUGUGAACACUAGUCACAUCGGUGCCAGUCUCAGUGGUGAAGUUGUCCCUCUGCUGCACCUCCUACAGUAUCAAGCCCAGAGACUUCCCCCUCCUUUGGAACAAUGAACGGAUAUCUCUAGCUGUGCGUAGCGCACUAAGGUGGGGUUCUUUUCGCCAGCAGCCGGCUCGAAGAACGAAUCCGUGCGUACGGUCCUCUCUUCACCAAGCGCCCGGCUUCAUACGCUCCCCACGGAACGCCUUUCCCGGAAAUCCAAAGUUAGCAGAUCCCGCGAACGCUCCAGGCCUCCGAAACUGCUCAGUUUCGUCGAAACCCGAAAAUCGCAACCCGGGUGUUAUGGCACAACCCGGAAAUCGCAAGGCGGGUAACCGGCGUCGCUCGAGCGGCGAGCAGGCGAUUAUCGUCGGAGUACUCCUGACGCUAAUCUUUCUCGUUUACAACGGACGGUUUCCGUCUAUUUUUCCGUCUCGCAAGACCACGCUGUACGACAACCUGAGCUCCACGGCGCUCCGUAAGCUGCAAGCGGAGGAUGCGGCGCUGAUCGCGCCGGAGGAGGCGGAGGGCGAUGCAGGGAGCCCGCCCGCCUUCGACGCCGAGGAGCCGCCGUAUUACAUGGAGCCGCGCGUCAAGGACUGGGAUGCGCAGCGCAAUGCUUACAUCGCGGCGCACCCCGGGUGCAACGCGACCAAGGACGGCAAGCCCAAGAUCAUGCUGGUGUCUGGGUCGAACAGCAAGCGGUGCGGCGACGGCAACAGCAGCGGCGACUUCCUGCUGCUCAAGUUCCUCAAGAACAAGCAGGACUACGCGCGCAUUCAAGACAUGCCGUUCUACUACGGCAUGGGCGCCAUUGACCCGCACCUCAAGACGUUCUGGGUGAAGCUGCCCAUGCUGCGCAUGCUCAUGCUGCAGCACAAGGACGUGGAGUGGCUGCAGUGGGUGGAUUCCGACGCUAUGAUCACCGACAUGGCGUUCCGGUACCCCAUUGAGAACCAGGCGGGCAAGAUCCUCGUGCUGUCGGGGCUGGAUGCUGACGUGUACGGCAAGAAGGACUGGGUGGCCCUCAACACGGGAAGCUUCUUAAUCCGCAAUUCACAGGACGGGAUUGACUUUCUGGACGACUGGGGGCAGUACGGGUACUCGGAGAAGGUCACAGUCAAGUGGGGGGAGAUAGCCAGCAGGGUGCUUCAGAAACGCAAGAACUGGCCGGCGGACGACCAGACGGCGCUGGUGCUGAUGAUCACUGGGGAGGGCGAGAAGCCCGACGACAAGGCCAAGGGGCUCAAGCCGCUGGCGGACCGCUGGGCCCCUCGCAUGCACCUGGACCCCACCUACACCCUCCAUGGCUUCUGGGGGAUCUUCGUUGACAAGCUGGAGAAGAUCCAGUCCAAGUACCACAACGGCGUCGGGGACUGGGAGUGGCCUUUCACGGUGCACUUCACCGGGUGCAAGCUGUGCGACCGCAAGUUCACUGACUACGACCCCGAGACGUGCGACCGUGGAAUCCACCGCGCGUACGCCUUUGCGGACAACCAGGUGCUCAAGAGAUAUGGCCUGGAGCACGCAAACCUCAAUGACACUGCCAUCACGAAAAUUGGAGCGCAGACAGCAUGAUUCUGGGAGGUGUACCGUGUGGGGAAGUAAUGUGGCAGGAAGAAAGCACCACGCUCAUGUCAUGUGUGCCAUUACAGUACCCUGUCAUUUGUUAGAUCAGAUUUCGGAUGUGGGGGUAUGAAGUUCGUAGCUGCACUUCAAGUUGGAAAACCCUGUAGGCAUGUACUUUGUAUAACAGGCUAGCUGCUCCCACGUGAGUACUACUGUUUGACGACUUUUCACACCCCGCCGGACAACAUACGCAACACAAAUAAAAU